UGUCACUAUCAAUUACACCGGCCUCUGUGAUUCUGAAUGCUCCUGCUGUCCGUUUCUGCUUGUUCUUAGGAUAAGAUCUAGAGAAUAUCGGAUGCAGGAUGACCCUACUGCUCCUGUUAGCUCUUCAAUUCCAUUCCUAGAAUACAUUUUCUAUCCUCCUUAAUGAACAUGCAGCCCACCAUUUUCAUUUCAGAAGAAAAGAGGAAAAAUCCCCUUCAUACCCCAUCUCCUCUGUUUUCUCCUUCGUUUACGCAAUCGGAUCCAAUCGCAAGUCAAAAGUUGGAACCCAUUUUUCCUUCAGGACAUUCAACAAUUGGGCUCUUUCCCAUUCGUUCUGAUUGUUGAAAAGGCUACGGGGUUUUCUUCUUCCUUCUGGGUUUUGAUAUGUCAAGUUUGCUACUGGUACUGCUUGUAUUUCUAUGGCGUCGGUGUCCGGGUAGAGGCGCAUCAAAAGCUGUGAAAAGUGAAAAAUCCCUUUGUCGCUGGAGAAGUAGAAUUUCUUCUCGCAAAGGCCUCCACUUCGAUCCAAAGAUUGGGGCUUUGAGAUUGUUGGGGUGAACGCGGAUAGGAAUAGCAUAUGAACUGACUGGCUGGACAUGAUGGAAGCAUUUUGUUGAAGAUUGGAAAGAGUAGGGAUUGAUUGAUCAAUUAGUUUCUUCAGCUUCUGUUAUGGAGAAAACAUCUAAUGGAUAUACUAGGCCUAAGGAAAAUGGCCAUAAGGUAUCACCAUCAUCAUUACCUUGGCUUGAUUUGAAAGUAUUCUACGUCCGAGUUAGCAAGUGUAAGAUUGACGAUUCAGAAACACCGGAAUACCUUAUUGUAAAUCACGUUCCGUUGACUCCUGAUAGCCUUCUUGAAGUCAAUGGUGUUAGGACACUCAUAGAUUCAGACGGAGCAUCCACCCUCCUUCGAAGAGACCGGCUGGAUAAGAAGUCUGAGGAAGCUACAUUCGUGAGCACAGACAAUGUGAGGACGACAGGUAGCAUGAGGUUCAAUGUUUUCAAUCACGAUACGCUGAUAUUCCACGGGGAGUUGGAACUGAGAAACAAUUAUCAUCAGAGAUGGAGCAUGAAGUGCGAGUCAGACAUUGUAGCUACUUGCAGCAGCAGCACCAGCUUCCUGAAACCGAAACAGUUUAUGGGUUCAGAAUCACCGAGCUCGCCUAGGAUCGAGGUCUAUGUUGCAGGAUCAUUCUUGGGGAGCCCGAUUAUCUUAACCAAGGGUUUGCAUCUCAAUGUUUAUGCGAACAGAACGAUUAUAGGAGGAUUCAUGAAUUCUAUACCUGAACAUGGUGAGAAUGUUGGGACUCUUAAGGAGAAUGAGCCAUCCAACUGGCUUCAUCUACAGUCAGCAGAAUCCCCGUAUGUACAGAAGCCUGACAAUGAAGAAGGGUACAAUGAUGCCUACCGGGGGAUGGAUUACCGCUACAUGGAGGAAGGUGAAGACGGGGAGCUGUCGUGGUUCAAUGCUGGUGUUCGAGUUGGUGUUGGGAUCGGAUUGAGCGUUUGCCUUGGGAUCGGUAUAGGUGUAGGGUUGCUGGUUAGAACAUACCAAGGCACAACUGGUAACCUCAGGAGGAGGCUAUUCUGAUUAUGGAAGUUAGCAACGACAAUACACUAUGGAAAAGGCCAACUUCUUGUUUGUGUGAUCGAAUUUUAGUACUUAGACGUUGUUAGGAAAACCAUUUUGAUGCCAUCAGUUUGACAUAUGCAGAAGUCGUUUUCAUUGUGGAUUUUGGGUGACUAUGAUGUGAGUGGUUGAUUUUCAUGAUUUCAAAAUCACCCUGAUUUCUUCUCGACAACCCAAUGCAACCAAUUCAAUAGGACUUGUUGAAGGAGAGAUGUUCUUAGUGACAGAGCAUUCAAGAGUUCUGUUCUACCAAAGCCAAUACUAAUGAUAUUCACAAACUCGUUC